AUGUUUACUCGUAUACACACAACUGGGGCUGUGGAAUAUCAGACAGACACAGGUGAGCUGUUUGCUGCUGCAAGAAGUGUUAUUCUUGCUUAUGGUGUAUAAAAUAUACCAUCUUUGAAUAAUCAGACAUUUCUAACCCCUUAGUUUUAAGAUAAAGUCUCAUUUUACUUCCUAUUAUUUUAUUUUUAAAAUGCUUAAAUUCUGAAAGAGUUUUGUUUCCUGCAUUUUUAGAAUUGCAGUAAAGCUACCUGCUCCAAAGCAUUUCUAUUGAUUUCAAUCCAAGUGACUUCCAGAGUAAAUAUCAGGAUAUAUCUAUCUAGCUAUUGAAAUUCAGUAUGUGUUGCAAUAUUAGCCACUAGUGCAUUGCUUUUUGUAACUUGAUUCCACUUCUCAAAAUGAAUCUAUAGAGCUGCAAGUUAGUUAAUCAUGCCAGCUGUGAGGUCCUGAUUCAGUGACUUUCAAGCCACCUUAAACCUUGGUAAAGCAAAAUGUGUGGUAGAUAAUGCCUACAGACACCAGACAUUCAGCCAAUUAAAUUUUUUAAAAAUUGUUUUCAGCAAAUAUAGUAGCAAUUGAAUGGGGAUACUUCUAUUUGUGGUAUGUGUGUACAUUUCAUGAGAUUCAGAGCUCUACUAGCAUACAAUUUUAUGCUUUUUGUAUGAAACUAUGAUCUGUGUGUGGCGAUCUUACUUGAUCCCAUUCAACAUUCCCGUCUACUAUUAUUUUCAGUCACUAAAUUCAGCACACUAUAAUAAAUUUAUUGGCCAAGCCCACAGUUAUUUGUGGCACUAUAUGGAGCUGCAAUUGAGCCUUGUAAUUUCCACCAGCUGAGAAUUGGGCUAAUUAGCGUCGGGUGUAGAGCUGUGCCAGCGAAAUCGGUCAUAAUAGUGUUGUCUGUGUGAAUUUCAGCUUGCAAGUUUGUCUGGAGAGAAAGGAUAAGAGGGAAGGGGGAGCACUAUAGGAAUAUUGCUUUCUUCUGUUGCUUAUUGGUUGAAAUGGUUAAAUCCUAAUUUUGAUGUGUGUGGAAUAUUAUCACAAAGCAAGAACUCUUUGGCCAGGAUCCAGAGAGUCACUUUGGGUGCAUCCUAGGGCUUAGGCAUGCCUAAUGGGACUGUGAGAUUUUCUCUGAGCAGCAGUCUCUCUCUCUCUCCCCACCCCAUAUCGUUCCCUCUAUUUCAGAUGUUUAGGCGUGAGUGCCGUUGCUUUAUGUAGCCAAAAUGGCACCAUCCAUGAAAACGCAGGAGCUAUUAUGGCACUUAGGGGAACCCAAAGGUUUACAAAAGUACAGUGGGUGGUAUCCAGUCCAAUCAUUCCAUUAGUGCAAUGAUUUGUGCUUGUGCAACAGAGCUUCCCACCCCUCCCAGAUCUCUGGGGCAGGGUUGAGGGAACCUCUAGAACACAUCUGGGGAUGGAGAUGGGGGAAUGUUUUGUUGCAUGAGCAGAAAUCCUAUGUUGGAUACAACCCAAAUUUUGUUUUUGAGAAAAAGCUGCAAAGGUGGUGGUGAUGGUGGGGAGAAUAUCCAAAACCUUCCAAGGACUAAAAGUGUGCAGUGUCCAUAGAUUGUUGACUGUCAGUAGACAUAGGCAAACUCAGCCCUUCAGAUGUUUUGGGACGACAACUCCCAUUAUCCCUAGCUAACAGGAUCAGUGGUCAGGGAUGAUGGGAAUUGUGGUCCCAAAUCAUGUGGAGAACUGAGUUUGCCUGUGCCUGGUCAGUAGGGAUGAGGUGAGGGAGAAAUGGAAAAUCAUGGAGGAAGGUAGGGCUGGAACAGCGAACAGGAGCUCUCCAUGGUGCAACAUUUCGUUGCAAGUCCCAUGCGGCCCAUACUACUUUGGAAAUUUCUCCUUGGUUCCAAAAGAGGCCACGCAGCAUGGGGAGAUAUGAUUGGGAGAACUAAUUGCAUUGUUCUUUGGAUCUAGGCCAUUAAGAUGAAUAGGAACUCCCAGCUCUAGGAAUAAGUGAUGUGCAUUAUUCUCAUUUUAUGUUCAGGGUUUUUACUUCACCCACAAGGUGAGAAUGAGGACUUUGAGAAGAUGACAUUGCUUCAGUUUUUUUUACUUGUACCCAGAACAUAUGAAUCCAUGUAUUCCAAAGGAAAGAUCUAUUACACAGAAGCCAUACAUAUUGUAAGCAUAGAGAAGGCUCUUACUUCAAAAGGAGAUCCUUUGCAUGUUUGUGUUGUUUUUUUUUAAACUGUUCGUGAUUAUCAGGGUGAGAAAUUCCAAGCUAUUGUUUCUGGUGGACAUCAAAAAGUCAGCCCAAUGGUGACAGAGUAUCACUGUCAAUGAUGGCCCUAUUCCCAAAUGAAAGGAGGGAUCUUUUUAAAAUAGUGCCACCUAAGUGGCUGUUUCUUCCUCUUUAGUAGCAUACCUGCAAAGUACUGUAUUACAAAGACCAAUAUUUUCAAGCCAGUUGGUCUGUUAUUUUCCUGUUUGUUUAAUGUUGAUUUUACUAUUAAAUAUAUACCCUGCAUUCUCAGCACAGAGGGUAUCACAGUAGUGGCAAAGGCAAAAAGAUACUGAAACUGGUGCCCCAUUUUUAUAGCCAUAACCUCCUUUCCUAGGUUCCUGUUUCCCUGGGAAGAGGGCCAGGGGGCAAUUUUGAUUAGGAAAAGGGUAUGGGGGAAAUAGUUUAAUAUUCCAUCCUUCCCUAUGUUCCUGCAAAGAAAUUUGCAGCUCCCCACUCUACAUGGCUGCAUUUCAGUAAGAACAAAAAUCAGAUCGAAUCAUGGUCCUCCCACAUAAUGCACAGUUUGGCCUUUUGCCCCAGCCACUGAACACAGAUCUCAUGUAUCAAAACUAUAGCAUGGAUCUCCAUCACUGUCUAGCAAACUAGGGACCAACAGGUGGGGACAUAUCACUGUGUCUUAAUAGUUUUUGUUGUAAGUCAAUCCAGGGGCUCCUUUGGGGGCCAAAAAGCAGUAAAUAAAUGAUCUAAUGAAUGAAAUGAAUGGCACGAAAUGAGCACUGUUCACAAACAACGCACACCCCAAAGUCAAGGAUAACAAAGAAGAUAUGAAGGACUGAUGAGCAACACUUGUCUUCUCAGAAUUCUUCUGCCUUGGGACUCCAGAUGCAAACUUCAACUCUAAGCCUGCAACCAGAGCUGCAAGGAAAAAGCACCCCACAAGAGGUAGGGAAAGUCAGGUGGUUGUUGGGGGUCACCAGGGAGGGGGGCAUUAUGUCUCAUCAUAUGAUGCCUACACUUCUUCUCCAACCCUCCCAAUAAAAGUGAUGGCCACCCAUGGCCUCAAGAGUGUCUCCCAUCAAUCCCUGGGAAACUUUUAACUUUACAAGCUUCCCUUCACAGCAGACAGCUGUGGGACACAGGAUAAAUAUACACAGUGUAGAAAGGGGACUUCUGUUUAUUCCAGAUGUUGGUGAGCUUCCACAAAGCACCAAUGAGUGCAGUGAAUAACAGCCACCUUUGCUACUGAACGCUAGGCACUUAUCUCUGUCUAUUGCUACAGCUGGCAAAACACUCAUGAUGUAUUUUCUCCACUCCAGUACAGCCAGAGCAUACAGAACAAAAGAAGCUGCAAACUGCAGACAAACCUUCCAGUCCCUACAAUGGACAGGUGAGUGUUCUUGCAAUGACUGCAUUGUCUUCCCCUCCAGGAGAAGCUUCCAAACAUAGAGUGGGAGAGUGGCCUGCCAGUGGGAGAGUGGGAAGCUGAGGUGAGGCAUGCAGGGUGAAAUAGCACCUAGUGAUAGCAUCCUUUGUUGCUUCUGCUCACUCACCUACCCAUAAUGUCACUUAGUCACUGGAUGUAUCAGUUGCUGCUGAUCCCCGUUAUUCAUUACCAUCCCAUACUUGUCUCCCUGUAGGCAACAAGGCAGCCAUUCCAUAUUCUGAGAGGCAAGGAUGAUUCCCAUCCCUGGUAUCAUGCAGACCACAAACGGCACCUGCAGCAAGCAGCAAUAACCAGUUGAAGGCAGAUAUGCCUUUGUUGGGCUGCUGUCUUGGUGCCUACAGCUUUUCCAUCAGGUGUGAUAGCCCAUAAUGUAAACAGGGGUAGCCAGCAUGAACAGUGAUAAGGAAACCUGCAUCUAUUACUCUUCUUUCUCUUGCAGUUUUCAAGCAUACAGAAAUCCUGCAAGAAUGCAAAGACAACAGCCUUGAUUCUUCUGUGUUGCUGUCAGAACUUAUACCUGCCACUGAUAUGGUUUAAUAAAAGCUGGGAUGUUGUGAAGCUGUGUUUCAGCUUUGUCUGUUUUCUCAUGACGGUUGGCAGGUAGGAAACUAUCACCCUCCAAUUUUUGCUCUGCUCAGUUGUCUCCCAAGAGAGGCACACAAACUAGGCAAGGGAACAGUGAGUUCCUUGCUACAACAACACAGUAGGACUGUGGAUCAGCAUCUUGCCUAUAGCUUUGAAAUAGAAGUACUAGUAAUGACGAAUGGGUUGCCUCCUCUACCUGACUUUCUCUGUGAUGAUAAACCUACCAACUGGGCUGCACGGAGAGAGGGAAUGCAGGGUUGGCUGUGGGUCAAACUGAUCACAAGGUUGCAUGGAACACUAACCGACACAUGCAGCAGUUGUCAAAAUGAGUAUAUUUCUGAAUGGGAUGAAGUAGGCCUGGCAAAAUGAGAAGUGUUCUGGAGUAUGAAUGAAGCUGAGAGAGAAAUGAUUGGUCUGUGCAAAUGACAUUAACUGGAUAUCUCAUUGCUCUGUCUUGGUUUGUCUGUGGUUCUUCCCAACCAUUUCUCCUGGGAUUCUGUAGCUAGUAGUGACUCUGAAGGCUUUGGCAUGCUGCAUCUGUGCUUUUCCAUUGGGUUAUGGAUGCACAUAGUGCUCCUUUGGUCCACAUGACUAGGAGCUUUCGUGUGCAUUGGGGUGCUUGAGAGGAGUAAGUGGCAUGUCAUAGGAGACUACAAAGGGCCCUUCAUAAGUUAUUCUGUGCACACCUUUGGCUUGGUGGUCAAAGUGUAGCUUUGGGUUCUGGUCUUGUUGUUUCCCCCUGUCUGCUGGCUAGACACAUAAAAUGUAGGCUGUGCCUGGUAAAGAUCAUAUUCACAUCUCUCUGGAUUUUGGUUUGAGAUCUCAUUUUGUUUUCCCCUCUGUUUUGCUCCUUCCCAAUGACCUGCUAAGCAGCUCACAAUACUUUCUGCCAUGGGUCUACUGUUGUAGCAUUCAUUUUCCUUUGUCCAUGUGCCUCUCCCCACUUUCCCCUGAAAAAUGCUGUCUCUCCUCACAUUCACAGCAAUGCAAACACACUUUGUCUUGAAUGGAGGCAUUGAUCCUCUCCAUUGAGACUGAAACCUUCCUCCUGAGAUCUCCUCUGGCUUCUUCAUGCAGGUCUCCUAUGCAGAGUGCCAUGACAGCUUACGCAGGAGGAGUCACUGUGGUCUGCUUUUUAUGUCUGAUACUGAGCAGUGCAAAAGCUGUGUGCAUACUGGCUUAGGUGACAUAAUGAGGUCAUUUGCUCAUUUAUUCAUUUAUUGUAGAUACAUGCUGCCCUUCAGUUUACGAAACCUGGCCUAAUUUCAGGAGGCACUUAAAGGACUCUGAAGAUGAUAAUCACAGCUAGGCUUCUCUCUCUUUGUUCCCUCCAAAUGUUGUACCUCCACAACCCUUGUGACCCCUGACCAUUAGGCAUGCUGGCUGGGACUGAUGGAAGUUGUUAGGUAUCAAGGAUAUGUGGAAGGUACCAUGUUGGGGAAGGCUACACUGUUGUCCUUGCUGAUGCUUUCUAUCUAUGCAAGGAACUAUGCAACUUUCCAUUAGCUCAGAUUAAGGGUUCUGACAGAACUUUCGAAAGAUGCUCAUGUGUUAUAGUCCCCAGAUGGAUAGAGUCUCUAGAUUUGGUGUAUGUGUCUGAUGUAGUGCAUAUAUGGUGCUACCAAGAGGCAAUUGAUACUGGAAACUGGUGAAGAAAAGGAAUGGGUGGUGGUUCUUAGGGUGUGUUUGGUCCAGCCUGUUUAGAAUUUUUUUAUAGAAAACUUGCAAUUUGAGUGGUACCUGAAAAACAAUAGAAAGCCAUUGUAGGUGCUGAGACAUUGACACAACCCAAUGUUGCAUUUUAGUAUAUCCUGCUCUAGCUGAAUUUUUCAUAGUCAUAAGGGGCAGCCCAUCAUAGAUAACGUUACAGAGCCUUUGUUUGAGGUUACAGAAGCAUGGCUAAUUGUUGAUGAGUGCCAAGUCAACAUCUCAUAGAAAGGUUCACAACCUUCUUGCCAGGUGAAAUUGCUGGAAAGCUUGAUGCAUUUGAUUGAUGCAAUGCUGUCUUAACAACCUUGCAAACAAAUCAGAAUGAUUGAUCAGUAAAUAGAUGAUGCCAUUUAAACUUUGUGCAAACAAAUCAGGAUGAAUGUUUAGGGUCAUCUGGAAGCAACCCAAGUCUUCACAUGAUGGUGCCAAGUGGCUUUACAUAUGUGUAUGAGCAGGAAGGGUCAAGAUCAAUCUUGUGUCGUCAGAGGGAAGUGAUAAGGGAAAUCCCCAUAAUCACCUGCUGGGAACUUGUUGAGAAGAACAAGUAGAACCAGUCAAGGAUGGUCUCACUAUAUCAGGUGUGGGAUGUCUGUGUCCCUCCACAUAUUGUUAGACUACCACAACCAUCAUUCCUGAUAUUGGCUAUGCUGGCUGGUGCUGAUGGGAGUUGGAGUCCAACAACAUCAGGAGGGCCACAGAUUCCCCACCCCUGCACCAGAUAUUGUAGUUGUCCAGUAUCCUGUGUUGAAUAAUAUGAAUAUAGCAGGAAAAUAUCACAGGAUGAAUAGAGUUCUACUGUUACCUGUAUCAAACAAUAGAUAAAGAUUGCUUGCUGAGCAAGGCUGUAAAUGCCCUAGUCCAAGCUAAACAAUCGAGAAAUCUGAUAGUACAGUGGUACCUCAGGUUAAGUACUUAAUUCAUUCUGGAGGUCUGUACUUAACCUGAAACUGUUCUUAACCUGAAGCACCACUUUAGCUAAAGGGGUCUCCCGCUGCCGCCGCUCUGCCGGAGCACGAUUUCUGUUCUCAACCUGAAGCAAAGUUCUUAACCUGAAGCACUGUUUCUGGGUUAGCGGAGUCUGUAACCUGAAGCGUAUGUAACCUGAAGCGUAUGUAACCCGAGGUACCACUGUAUCCAGAAAAAGAUGAAGUUGAAAACUAAUUGUUCACUUGACAUUAUUCUACAAAAGGGGAAGGUUAAAAAUGAGGCAGUAACUGGCUGGGGAAAUUUGCAUUUCGGUUUCGUUUAUUGAGUAGGAGCCAGACAACUACAGGCCACCUGGAGUCCUUCCCUCCCUGAAAGAUGUAUUAAUAUCCCCAGGCAGUUUCUACUAGGCAGGAUGGGCAUAGACCCAGGUCACAGGUGGUAACCUACAUACCGUACUUUUAGAUUCCCUGCACAUCUCUGGGUGAAGCCAACUGAUACCAAUCAAAAUCCAAUGGACUAGGGUGAGCUUUGGAUACAUAAUAUGUAAAUUCCAUUCAGAAUUACCUACCCUGAAUAUGCCUACCUAUACCAUUAAGGCUACCAAGUUGGUCACUCCCCACCUUUGCCAGUGUUCAGACUUUGUAGUUAAAUCUACAAAUAUUCAUAGUAAAGGCUUCAUAGAUUGGGAGCCAAUGCACUCAGACGUGGCUAGGUUAUUACAUAUGAAAAGAGAUAACGAAGUGUAGCAUAACUCGUUUCUCUCUGUCUCUAGUUGUAAGAUUUCUGCUAAUGACUCCUUUGGGGAUCAGUAUGAGGCCCUCUUUAGACAUCUUCAGAUUCUUCCUCUUGCUCUUUUGACCUUUGGUAUUUUUCUCUCUGCAGAUAUUUAAUAAAAAAUGGUAGAUCUGCAAGGACUGUAUGACUAGAUAAUCAAAUAAAUUGUGACCUGCUUGUUUUCAUUGAGAUCAUAGGAGGACAAUGUCAGUGCAGAUUCAUCCCUUGAGUCAUCUUGCUCACCUUUCUCCAUACAUCCUGCUGGCAGCUUCACACAUCUCCAGCUUGUUGCUAGUGCUGUUAAAUUGAAAGUGCAAAAAAGAGGUUAAAACAGGUACCUUAAGCAUGGCUCCUGUUUGGCAGGCUGCGCACGGUGGUGAAAAUACGUUUAGAUUUCAGAAUUGGAUGAGAACUGAAUGCAAAUCAGUCCCUCUUCCAAAGCGUUGUGCUGCCAGCAACCCUAAAACAUUUCCAUUUGGUGCUCCACCUUUUCUUUCAUGGUGCAAUGAAGUGGCGGUCUUGAGAGAUGAAUAUGCAUCUUGAUUUUGCCUCAGGCAAAAGUUAAAACAUUUCCAUUUCAAGUAUAAACCCCCAGCUGGCUAAUACUGUUGCUUUUCUCUGUCUGUAAUCCUGUGCACAUGUAUUUGGGAGUUGGCCCCUGCGACUUCAGUGGGUCUUACUUCUGAGUAAAUGUGCACAGACUUGGUCUGCACAAAGUGUUAUACUGAUAGCAAAAGGGGGAACUGUGCAAUGGAUUGUGGCUCUUUAAAAAAACACCCCUUAUUUCUUAUGUGACUAUUUGGUUAGACUUCUGUGAGCUUAAUGCUGCUUUGCCACUAAUUUUACCAGUCCUACUCUGGUGGAUAUUUAUGCACAAUCCUUGGAUUUUGGGUUCCAGUAAGCCCUGUAGUAACACACUGCCAAACAUUCAUGCAUGAAAAUACCCCUCUAGUCUUUGUCAUUUCAUCUUUGUUUUAUGAAUCGAGAUACAUGCUCAAGUAAAUGUAAGUUGUCUUGUAACAGACUGAACUGUGGAAAGCUUUUGUGUUCAGCUUGCCAGUUGAUAUAACUAUGCUUCUCACCCAUAAGAGCAAAAUGCAUAAAGUCCUACAAGACCGGCCUCUGCUUUGCUGACCUGUUUCUACCUGCCCUGGGUGGGAUCCUGACUGAACCCUGCUGUAAAAGGAGGUCAAGAGAUAGAGAUAGGAGAUCUGGAUCCUUGUGGGACACUGAAGGGGCCAGAGACUAACUUAACCAUGAGUCCCACAGGGCUCCAGAUCUCCUAUCUCUUGACCUCCUUUUUGAAUUUGUAUUUACAGGGCAGUGGAGGAUGCAGCAAAACACAAUGUUACAGCCAGUGUGAACUGACUUAGAGACCUAAAUUUGCACUAUACAUUUGUUUAUGCGAAUUUCAUACAGAUACAUACAUUUACAUGUCCUGACUCUUAACUAUCUAGCAAAACUCAUGUCUAAACUAUCUUGAAAUUAAAACACACUCAGUAUUGACAUAUCUCUCUGAGGGUUCCUCCAUAUUACCUAUUUAUUGAGCAUUCAUCCUGAUUUACUUUCACAAAGCUUGUGUGAAGGUUAGAUUAUCUGGUCAUUCUGUUUGUUUGCAUGGUAGUUAUAUGACAAUGAGCAUUCAUCCUGAUUUGUUUAAGGGGUGUUUAUAUGUCUUCCCAUUGACCAUUCAUUCCACAUUUUUCAGUGUAUUUCCAAUCCUAACUCUGAAAAGUUUGUUUCUUUGUUAAAGUGGAUUUUCUGUGCUAGGUGCACCUGUAAACUUGUGAUUACUUGUGAGUGCAUUCAGCAACAUGUCUGUCCCAUGUAGCUAGGGAGGACCAUUUCCAGACUAUCAAUGUUUUUGGGUGGGAUUCAGUCAUAUCCCAGCCUGCACUAUUAAAGUAGAUUUGGAGCUCUUGUGAAACAAACCUGCUUCCACAAAAUAUAGGAUUUCUUUUGCAGUAAGGAAAGUGAUGGGAAAAUGCACAGAAAGUGUAGAACAAUGCAUGCUUGAUGGAGCUUCAUGUAAUAUCCCCACAAACAAAUCAGAACAAAUGCUCAUUAGACAAGUUGUUUGCAAGUGACCUGAUGCAAUAAUAGUGCAUUAGUGGUGCAUUUAUACUGUAGUGUCUGGACAUCAUUCCACUUUAAUAGUUGUUCUGUGAUACUUCCCCAAUGCUGUUGCAUUAUUGCUGUCUGGAGGGGCACUCUUGCAAGAAAAGUGGAACACCCGUCUAUUUGUGGUAUAAACAGUUACAGGAUUUCAACAGGAAGUUAUGAGACAUGCACUGAUUGGAAAUGAAGCAAUAUGUCACACCCCAAAACUUCUGCAGGUGUCAAUUGUAUUGAAAGUGAAAUCACACAUAACUGCCCAAAAGUUAUACAGAGAGAUGGUGGCUAGCCCAGGUUCCCUUAAUGAUCUUUAUUUAUGCUGUGUGGAUUUGGACUUGGGCUAUCCUGCUUCAGGGUGGGAUAGGAAAAGUGUGUACCCUAAAAUGUGUUGCUGUAAGUAUCUUUUUCACCUUCUAUUAUAUAUUUAUCGGGAAGCUGAUGCUUGUGGUGGUUUCUUAUUGUGAGGUCAUUGCACAUCACACUGACUUGCUUUACUGACAUGACUAAUCUCUGUAACAGAAAAUGUAUUUUCUGAAGAUGCUAUCAGGAAACAGUAGAUUGGGGUGGAGAACCUGUGACUCUCCAGUUGUUGGAUUACAGCUCCUUUCAUUCAUUGGCUAUGCUGGCUGGGGCUGAUGAGAGAGUUGGAGUCUAACAUUUGUAGAGCCAUAGUAGAGGAUCAGGUACAGAGAACUGCAUUGAUUCCCCUCCCCCAAAUGAUCGCACAUGGCUGAUUUUGCAUUUAAAUUGCGUUUCUCAAGAUAUAAUAAGCAUAAUGCUGUGCUUUCUCAUCAUUAUGCUGAGCCAAUGUAUAGUUGACUUUGCAAAAUCAGAAAGUACUUCCUACUUUCUGUUCAACUUCUGAUUAUCAUGCUAAUGGUCUAUUGAAGUGCAGAACUGAAGAUUUUGGAUUUUUAUUUCUAUUAUUAGUGCUGCUUUCUGAACAUGUCCCUGAAGGUAAGAACAGAUGCAAUGAAGGCAGUGAAGUAGGAUCCCUUCGCUGUCUCCACAGUCAUGUAGUAGGCCUGAUUAUGAGUCUGAACAUGUGCUUGGUUGGCUCCGGAGUGAGAUUAAUGCCACUUACGCUUCAGCCUUCACCUGGUCUAUCUCUAUACAUUGACCACAGCUACUCAGAAACUUCACCAGGAAGUGGCCUGACCAUAACAAUGGGAUGAUAUCCAUGUGAUCUAUUUCCAGACCGCCCUGCUCUCCACAUGGCUCAAAUACAAAAUCAAGGGUAUAUCCUGCUCCGUGUGUUGCACUGAUGUUCAUCUGAGACAGGCCCAUAGUUACCAUGGAGGCCAUGAACACCAAAACUGGACUUGAGGUUUCCUCAGCUUGGAUGUUGAAGUCACCCAAAAUCACCAUUCUAGGUUCCACACUGCACCCAAGACAAGUUCAGUCAGGGAGGCUGCUGAGCAGCAGGAUGGGUGGUACACCAACAGUAUCCCAAACCUGCAGAUCCUUCCGUCCCCCUCCCCUCAGGGGAAGUGAACUCCUGUGUACAUCAACACCUCCCUGCUGCUCCCAGUCUGGGCUGAUGUCAAACUGAGUACCUGGGUAGGUAGAGCUGCAUCAGUUCUGACCCACCUCCCUCACAGUGGUCUCAGUGAUAUACCCCAGGGUGGCCCAUUCAUCCAUGAAUCAGCAUGGUUUUAUUAAAGACCAACUUGGCAUUCAACACCAAAACUACCAGAAUGUUGGGGACAGUGGCAGUGAGUUCUGUUACAGGUUGCUCUGUACUGUAUUCCUGCUGUUACUUUGGAUAGGAUUUCUUGCCUGAUCUGAGAUUUGGUUUGUUGCUAGCCUGGUUGGAUCUCAUAAUCUUUUUUGAGGAAGGAUUUUGUUAAAGAGACUUCGUUGAAUAAGCAAGUUUCACAAUCUUAAAGUAGUGGUGGAAUAGGUUCUCUUUCAGUCUGAUUGAUGAAAUUAAUAGGAAUCGCAAAGCCAGCUUCUCCAUCCAGCUUUCCUUUCCAAAAAACUAAUGUAAGGUUCUGAGGAAGUUAAAAAAUGGAGAGUCAAAAAUAGUAGUGUUCCAUUCCUGGGCUGAAAGCUCAAAUUUGAAUUUGCUCUACAUGAAUUAAUAAAACCUGUUGAUUUCACUGUUAAUAGCAAAUACUUGAUUCAGAUAACUGGAGAGCCUGAAGGUGCUUUCAGCUCUUUUUUAUUUUUUAAAAAUAAUAAUACAUGGUUGACUGUUUUGGAAUUGUGGACAGAUGGGUAAUUGAUCUUUAUUAGCCCUCUGCUGUCAUCUCUAAAUAAAAAUGGAAACAUCUGGCUUUACAAUUAACCCCUCUAAAAUAUGCUUAUGAAUAUGUAAUGACACCAUUUUUACAUGCUACUUAGCUCAGAACCAUAAUCUCCCAGUGUAUAGUAUGAUAAUAGCUUUUGGGGGAGAACGUUUAGAUAUUUGAAGGGAAGCAGACUUCAGCUGUGGCACUUGUGGAACAUGCUGUCAUCUUGACUUUACAGCUUAGAACCUAUGUACUCCUUCCUUCUUAAAAUAAAAUUGAAGAGCCUUGAGAGUUUAUUAAGGCCAGCUGUAUUUCACUUGGACAGAUCCUUGGCUCCUACAGACAUCUGUAGUUCCAGGAACACUGGUGUGUAGUAGCGGAGAAAUGGACAGCCACACAUUUGAACGUUCCCCUGCUUUGCUGUGUCCUUUCCCCUCUUCUACUUAGAUUCUACUUACUUACAGCUCUUCCCUUGAGAGCUUCUCUACCCCACAUUUCAAAAAGAAUCUCUCUGUGUUGUAUCCAACUAUUUAUUUAAAGCAUUUAUAAACCACUUAAUAUUUUAAAAUGACAGCUGGGUACGCACUGCUGUUUACUCUUCAUUCCGUUUGCUCCCAGUGCUGGUUUGGGAAACAGUCUACGCAUAACCUCAGCCACAAUCCAUAUCUAUCCUGUAUCUGUCCUGUUGUCUCUUAUGAAAUACUGUGUUUAGCUGUGCUUCCCUCCAAACCAGCUUCAAUCCAAAUUGUGGAAAAGAACAACCUAGCUGCGUUCUUAGCUGGUAAUGUGUGCACAGCCUAAGUCACUGCAUGAGUGGAAAAAACUUUCUCUUGUGCAAUGGAACCUCCCCUCCCCUCCCUUUUCAGGCACUUUGCACCCCCACAUCUGCUCUAGAGAUUCUCCUUACCCUCCAGAGCAAGAUCUUAGGGUGGAGCAGUGUGGUUUUGUGUGUGCAGGGUGUGUGUGUGUGUGUGUGUGUUGAUGUUGGAGAGGGAGGGGAAAUUCUGCUGUGCAAGUGGAAGUAAUUCACUUUACGCAAUGAUUUGGUUGGCUACAAGUCUCUGCUCCCCCCCUCACUCUGAUCAGUUCCACUUUCUGUCAUCUUCUCUGUGCACCUGAAGUCUAACUUUGGAGUUCUCAUCAUAUGUUAAAAUCCCAGAAUAUCAGACUAGGGUUGAAGGAGACAUCAUCACAUCUUCCUGACUUGUCUAUCUUGUACUCACAUGUGCAUUUCCUCACCUCCUAGAACUGUCAGUCUGGCACUUCUUUAAAAAACUAAAAAAAAAGUUAAGGGUUUUUUGUUUUAAAUAGCCUACAUUGAUAGAUGAAGAGGAGCUGGCAAGUGCAGUGUUCUAGCGAAGAAAAUAGUAUUUAGUUUUUAGACAUAUGUGCCAUAGAAGGCUGCUUUGCAUCCAGUCAGACCAGUGUUCCAUCUAGUUCAGUAUUGUCUACAUGUGCACAUGGUGUUAGUCAUACUUUUUUUUUAAAAAAUGUAAAUAAUAAUAAUAAUAAUAAUAAUAAUAAUAAUAAUAAUAAUAAUUUUAUUGUUCAUAUCCUGCCCAUCUGGCUGGGUUUCCCUAGCCACUCUGGGUGGCUUCCAGCAAUAUAUAUAUAUAUAUAUAUAUAUACACACACACACACACAAAAUGUCAGACAUUAAAAACUGAACAGGGCUGCCUUCAGAUGCUUUCUAAAACUUGUGUAAUUCUUUAUCUCACUGACAUCUGAUGGGAGGGCGUUCCACAGGGAAGGGCACCACUGCCAAGAAGACCCUCUGCCUGGUUCCCUGUAACCUUAAUUCUCGCAGUGACGGAACCGCCAGAAGGCCCUCGGAAGUGGACCUCAGUGUCCAUACUGAAUAAUAGGGGUGGAGAUGCUCCUUCAGGUAUACUGGGCCGAGGUCAUUUAGGGCUUUAAAGGUCAGAACCAACACUUUGAAUUGUGCUCAGAAAUGUACAGUGGUACCUUGGUUCUCAAACUUAAUCCGUUCCGGAAGUCUGUUCCAAAACCAAAGCGUUCCAAAACCAGGGCACACUUUCCCAUAGAAAGUAAUGCAAAAUAGAUUAAUUCGUUCCAGAGUUUUAAAAACAACUGCUAAAACAGCAAUUUAACAUGAAUUUUACUAUCUAACGAGAAAGCAAUGAACAAUUAUAAUACUGCAGUCACACAAUAAAUCAAUCAGUAGCUGAACUUGGUUCCACACAGUCACAAAAACAAAACAAAACAAAACAAAACAAAAAGAGCCACAAAAACAAAAAUGCAAAAUAAAUAGCAAAAACAGACAGACCUCAGCGUAACACUCGAAAUGGAAGUAUGGCACUCAAAACGGAAAUGUGGCACUCAAAACGGAGCACGUUUGGCUUCCAAAAAAGUUCACAAACUGGAACACUUCCUUCCGGGUUUGCAGUUUUUGGGUUUCAAGUUGUUUGAGUACCAAGGCGUUUGAGAACCAAGGUACCACUGUACUGGGAAACAGUGAAGAUCCUUUAGGACCAGUGUUAUAUGGUCUUGGUGGCCACUCCCAGUCACCAGUCUAGCUGCCACAUUUUGUAUUAGUUGUAGUUUCUGAGUCACCUUCAAAGAUAGCCCCACGUAAAGCUCACUGCAGUAAUCCAAGCGGGAGACAACCAGAGCAUGUACCACUCUGGCGAGAUGGUCUGUGGGCAGGUAGGGUCUCAGCCGGCGUAGCAGAUGUGCUUAAAGUACUUAAUCUGACCAUGUUUAUUUUGGAGAAAAAGCAGCUGCAGGGCCCCAGUCUGAAACAUGCUCGAUUCAGAUCAGAAACAUAUUCUGGAUCAGGGCCUGUUGUUGUUUAUAUUUGUUUAUAUUUAUUGCAUUCACUUCUACUUCACCUUUCCUCCAAGUAGCUCAAGGUGGUGUACAUGGUUCUGUUCCUCCCCAUUUUAUCCUCACAACAAACUUGUGAGGUAGGUUAGGCAGAGAGAUGGCCCAAGGUUACCUUGGGUUGAGCAGAUAUUUGAACCCUAGUCUAUAUGAUUGUAGCCCAACAAUCUAACCAAGUGCAUUAAAAGAAGAAGAGGAGGAAGAAGGAACAAGAAUAAUAAUGUGUCAUUUGGCUAGUGAGUGGUGCUGACAGCAAGCCCAAAGGGAUUGGCUGCAGGAGGGAAUUGCUAAUUGGGAACUUCCUCCUGCAGCCAAUCCCUGUUUUUAGCAUGGAUCUUCCUUUGCAGUUUGGCUUGAACUCAAGCUGGGCAGCUGCAAAGGAAGAAAGGAAAGAACUAGAAGUGCAUUUAGAGUUCCCUGCCACUACAACUUGUACAUUUUUUUUUUUUAAAGAUAGUGGCUGGUGUGAUGGUGCAGAGUGGUGGAACUGCUCUCCUCAACAUCGCUGCAGCUGGGGCAGGGCAGGGGUGGUGGUCAGGUUGGAACUUUGCGGAUGUUCUGGAGGAGCUAAUCUGGCAUUCCUGCCAGUUUGUCCACACAGCCCCAGCCUUGUUGCCGUCCUGUCCCAGCCACAUCCAUAUAAACUGUAGCGAUGCCAGUGGUGGCAGGACUGUUCUGUGGCUCUGCCCCACCCAACUGCAUAACUUGUUCAAAAAGAACAGUUGCAACAGAAAGAGGGGGGUGUUGUGUUAUAUGAAAAGGUAAAGGUAAAGGGACCCCUGACCAUUAGGUCCAGUCGUGACUGACUCUGGGGUUGUGGCGCUCAUCUCGCUUUAUUGGCCAAGGGAGCCGGUGUACAGCUUCCGGGUCAUGUGGCCAGCAUGACUAAGCUGCUUCUGGCGAACCAGAGCAGCACACGGAAACGCCGUUUACCUUCUUGCCAGAAGGUACCUAUUUAUCUACUUGCACUUUGACAUUCUUUCAAACUGCUAGGUUGGCAGGAGCAGGGACCAAGCAAUGGGAGCUCACCCCGUUGUGGGGAUUCAAACCGCCAACCUUCUGAUUGGCAAGUCCUAGGCUCUGUGGUUUAACCCACAGCGCCAACCACGUCCCUAGGUUAUAUGAAAGAAGAGUCUAUUAGUACCUGAAAUGAAUAUUUGAUCCUAAGUGGCUAAAUCAGCCUUUCUCAACCUGUGGGUCCCCAGAUGUUGUUCAACUACAACUCCCAUCACCCCUAGCUAGCAAGGCCAGAGCUCAGGGACGAUGGGAGUUGUAGUCCAACAACAUCUGGGGACCCACAGGUUGAGAACUGCUGUGCUAAAUGAAUUGUUUUAGCAGUUCUGAAAGUGUGAGAUGGGCCUCCCUAGAGUAGGAUGGAUAGUAGCCAGGAGAGGACCAAGCUUCCUUCUUACAGUGACUGUCUGAAUGCAGUGAAUGGCAACCACCCAAGUGUUGAAGGUCGUUUGAAAGAAGAAUCACUACUUGUGUGUUCACUAACCUAGGGAUGGGGUGAAAAUCUGAUUCAGUUUGCAUUUCAAGAUGAACAUCCCUAAUCCACAGUUUCUUAAACAAGACGCAAAUGAAACACAGCUAUCCAUUGCUUUGCACUUUCCUGAAUUUUGCAGUGCAGUUUUCCAGACAGGUAAUGUGCAUGAAAAUGCAUACAGUGCAGUAAAAUGUGCAUAAAAUGAAUGUAUCAGUGAAAAUAACAUACAAACGUGUAUUAGGGAAAGUUGCUUUAGGAAAAAAAAUGUGUAUACAGUAUUAAGAAAAUUUGCAUAGAAAUGUGUCUGGUGAAAUUCCCACUGUGAAGCUUAUGAAUUUUCACGAAGACUUUAAAAAAUGGCAAACUGAUGUGGAAAUAUGGAGGAUUGAACUUAAGAUUGGAUAAAAUGAGAAACUGAAAUUGACUGAGUCUCCCAUCUCAUACUAAUAUAAGUUCAGCCAGUUGUUGUACUAUUCUAGAGUCUUGGAAAACCCGUCUCACCUGAGACAACAGUGAGGCAAAAGUAAACAAUAUGUACUCCAUAGGCAACCCUGCUUUGUCAUAUAAUACAUUGUUUUAUCUUACGAGUGACUAGGCAGCACCAUCCCUUACUGAAUAUGAAAGCUGAAGUAUCCAUACAGCAACAAUCAGUUUCCAUCAGCAGUUGGGUUCCCAAGGGUCCCUCCCAUGGGAACUAUAAAGCAUGCUGCUUUCUCAUGCAACUCUGUUUUGCUCCUCUCCUCUCCAUCCUCUUUCCUCCUGGCCUAAAGACAGAGUGAGCAUCACCAAAUCACCUGCCUAUUUUCCUUCAAGCGUUGUCUUGGGUCUCGUCCAGAAAACCCCCUCACCCAGGUGGUUUCAUAUUACAGCACUAGAAACUUGGAGAAGCGUACUGCAAAACUCGCAUGCCUCCUCUCUGCGUGGGAGACCCUGCUCUCCACUGUUAGGGGUGGGGAAAGUGUUAGAGCAACACAGUUGGGCAUGACGCAUAUAGCAAAAGGUGUGGGAGGAGGAGGCAUGGGAAACACAGUUGUCCAUUUCAGGGCGUGUGUCCCCCUUCCAUAGCUUACCUGUGUGGAGUGCUUUCUUGUAAUGGAGUUGGGUGUUCAUGUCUGGGGUCCCAAGAUGAGGUUCCUGUUGGGGUUCUAAACAGACUAGUACUUUCAGUAUGUUCAAGUUCGACUUUGUGCAUUCUGUUUUGUGCGAAGUGCACCUGUUUCUCUGAAAAGAGCCGGAAAAGCCAGUCAGAGGGAAAUUAUUUGUUCCAGCUCUGGGGCUGGUAUACAACUGUGCUGUUAGUGCGGGGCAUAGCUGUGGAUUGUCCUGCCUACAACCGUACCCCAUUUUGGCUGUUGCACUGGCAUAUUUUCACCAGUGGACAGCUCAGCCAGCUGCUAGCGUUCUGCUUGAAAAUCUGGCGUGUUCUGACAGUGUACAUUUCAAGGUGGCAGUGUAGCUCAAGUUCUGCUGGCAUAGGAGGUCUUUGGACAAAUUCCUCUCCUUUCCCCCCAAAUAACAAACCAAAGGUACACUCAGAAUUUGCCGGGUGUCAUGUGGAGUGCUGAAUUUAGCUAUCCUGCUUCUUACUUUUAUUUUUAGGGCAUGAAAUUGCAAAUUUUCUGAAAUGCAAACACUGUACAAGAAGGAUUUGAUUCUGCCUUUAAAAAUGUGACACCAUUCCGUGCUUGAAUGUACACUGAUUGCUUUCAUUUAUUCUGCUUAACAGAUAA